CAGAGUUGGCAGCCUCGGGGUGCGGGCGACAUGGUGCGCGGCAGGAUCUCUCGGCUCUCGGUUCGCGACGUGCGCUUCCCCACGUCGCUCGGGGGCCACGGCUCGGACGCUAUGCACACAGACCCUGAUUACUCAGCUGCCUAUGUUGUCUUGGAGACGGAUGCGGAAGAUGGACUCAAGGGCUACGGAAUCACCUUCACUCUGGGGAAAGGCACUGAAGUUGUUGUCUGUGCUGUGAAUGCCCUGGCCCCCCACCUGCUUAACAAGGACCUCGGGGACAUUGUUGGUGAUUUCAGAGGCUUCUACAGACAGCUCACGAGCGACAGCCAGCUCAGAUGGAUCGGUCCCGAGAAGGGUGUGGUGCAUCUGGCCACGUCGGCCGUUCUCAAUGCCGUGUGGGACCUGUGGGCCAAGCAGGAGGGAAAGCCUCUGUGGAAGUUACUUGUUGACAUGGACCCCAGGAAGCUGGUAUCCUGCCUAGAUUUUAGGUACAUCACUGACGUCCUGACAGAGGAGGAAGCCUAUGAAAUCCUGCAGAAAGGUCAAGUUGGGAAAAAAGAGCGAGAAGAACAAAUGCUGGCGCACGGCUACCCCGCCUACACCACGUCGUGCGCCUGGCUGGGCUACUCGGACACCAUGCUGAAGCAGCUCUGCAGCAAGGCGCUGGAGGACGGCUGGACCAGGUUUAAGGUAAAAGUUGGUGCUGAUCUCCAGGAUGACAUCCGUAGAUGCCGACUCAUCAGAAACAUGAUCGGCCCUGAGAAGACGCUGAUGAUGGAUGCCAACCAGCGCUGGGAUGUGCCUGAGGCCGUGGAGUGGAUGGCGAAGCUGGCGGAGUUCAAGCCCCUGUGGAUUGAGGAGCCCACCUCCCCUGAUGACAUUCUGGGGCAUGCCACCAUUUCCAAGGCACUGGUCCCCCUGGGAAUUGGCGUUGCCACCGGAGAACAGUGCCACAAUAGAGUGAUAUUUAAGCAACUCCUACAGGCAAAAGCCCUGCAGUUUCUCCAGAUCGACAGCUGCAGGCUGGGGAGUGUAAAUGAGAACCUCUCAGUGCUGCUGAUGGCCAAAAAGUUUGACAGCAACAAGAAAAGCCACAGGUUCUCCUUCACUUCUCCCUCGCUGCCCUACUUAGCACUCAGUGGAAAUCUGUCUUCACUUUUAGUUCCUGUGUGCCCGCAUGCUGGUGGAGUUGGCCUCUGUGAACUGGUGCAGCACCUGAUUAUAUUUGACUUCAUAUCAGUCUCUGCAAGCCUCAAAGACAGGAUGUGUGAAUACGUCGACCACCUGCACGAGCACUUCACGUACCCCGUGAUAAUCAAGAAGGCUUCCUACAUGCCUCCUAAGGAUGCUGGUUAUUCAACAGAAAUGAAGGAGGAGUCUGUAAAGAAACACCAGUAUCCAGAUGGUGAAGUUUGGGAGAAGCUCCUUGCUGCUCAAGGGAAUUAGAGCUGAAUGCUUAACAGCUUUUGCUUUAAGUGAAAAGGCUUAAAAUUUCUUGGGUAUGGUUUUACAAAAAUAGAAAAAAAAAUUCAUCCUACCAAUCAGAACAAGUUCAGCUGAAAGUCAUACUAACCUCAGGCAUCAGCUUAGUCAUCAUUACUUGAUUCUUUCAGCAAAAAACAUUCUCCUAUGUAAUCUUUAAACAAAAGUAGAUCCAACUGUCUCAAAGUCCAGGAAGAUGUUAAAAUUUCUAUCAAGUGCUGGUACCUAGACAUUAAACUUUGAAAAUAAGCAGCAUGUUGGAAUAAUUCCUUAAUCUUUUUAAAAAACACACUUGUCAUAAAUUAGCAUAAUAAAACAGUCGUGCAGCACUAUGAGAUAUCUGAUAUGUAGCAAAGGUAAAAACAUUCACUGAUCAGCCCUGAGGUGGUUUAGCAUCUUUCUCUUGCUCAGUCUAAGCACUGUUAUUAGAGAAUUCACCAUGCUGAAGCUAAUGAGGGUAAAGGGAUAUUUCAUAGACUAUUUUUAUAACCCUUAAAGCCUUUAUCCCAAAUAAUCAUUGUAUUUUAAUGAUAAAAUGCAGCUAGAAUUAGAUGAAUCAUAGAAAAAUAGGGUGAAAUACAGCUUAGUCAGCAUUUCUAAAAUAUACCUUACCCAUCUAAGCAGCAUCCAAAAGAGAACACAGCACAGGUAUGUUUGUUUAGGAGGGUUCAGUUAAAUCUGUUUUAGGCAGGAACUGAGCAGAUAAAUGGCAACAUGGAAUUAAAAAACAAAACAAAACAUGAAUGCAGAACAUUACAGCAAGAUAUAAAACAAAUAUGUUCAUAACCACACUAGGCAUUAUGACUGAUGGUGUUAUCCAGCUUGCUCCAAUUUGGGCAAUAGUUAUACAUAAUUCUUGAAAUUCACUGACCAUUUUCAUAAAAACAUAAAGUUUGAAUUAAGAGUAUAUAUAUUUUCUCCUUCCUGUCUGUAUUCACAAUCUCUACAUUUACAUACAUCCUCAGUGAGUUACCCUAACUCCAGGUCUUUUAUUACUAAGAGAACCAGCACAGUUCUAUUUGCCAGUGGCAACAUCCUUAAAAGUUAAUGAAUAAUAACUGAUAGAUCACCAACAGGUUUUGACCUAGUUCCUUCUCCUUUAGAGCAAAAUGAACUUUCACCUGUAAAUAUCCUUCAAACAACUCCUUCAAAAGCACUCUAAACAGCCAUUUCCAUUUUAAUGGUCGGGUGAGGAUUGUAGCCUUCAAUCUGAAAGUCUUCAGCCUUGAAGUCAUCAAUUUUCUCAACUUUUCGAAGUAUUUUGAGCUUGGGGAAAGGCCUUGGUUCUCGCUGAAGCUAAAAACAACAUAAGGCCAUUAUUUUGCCAGAUCCAUACAACCUGCUUUAAUUUUGCUCCCUGUGUCCCUUCAUGAAACAAAUAACAGUAUUUUACCAAUAAAGUAUCAAUAUUAUUUUUCAGGGGUGGAAUACUACAGAUACCUUGUCCCUGGUUAUUCAAUGCUGCUGACCAAUUCUUUCACCCACGUGGAGA